AUGCGCAGGCAAACAUCUGUGGCCUCGCUCCUCUACGCUCAUCUCUUCCCCAGUCCUGGCCCCUCAGACCCGCCCAACUUUCAAACCCACCUGGCACGCGACUUGAUCCCCGAGAUUCGCAUCGAGACGGCCACCUUCUACGGCAGUCUGGACAGCAUUGAGGCUCGCUAUCCUGGUCUGAACUACUGUCACCCUCCCCAUCGCAUGCGCCUGGGUCGAUUUCCCCACCAUGCACGCCUGUUUAGCGCCAUCGACCACUUGGCCAUCACCGACCAGGAAGUCAUGGACCUGGUACGCUGGGAGGGUACCCUUUGGGCAAGACAGAGAUUUGAAAGAGACGAGAAUAUCAAGGUCAGAGACACGACAGGAGACGGCAUUACUGAUUGGAUCGACCCGCGCACACGAUCCAAGCAGAAGGCCUUGAUCCGCGUCCAUACCAAAGUCGAAAUCACCGAGCGCAGCCACCCCAUCGAUAUGCUCCUGGACGACCAUGGCCACGAACUGGAACAAGAAGAUGACGACCCCGAUCAAGACGACGACGACGAUGACGACGAUGACGACGAUGACGAUGAUGUGGGGGACAAUAUCCAGAGUAUUGGCCAUGAGCUGAAUCGCCGCCUUUUGGCAGCCAUUGCCGCCCGACAACAGGGCCUCAACGUCGAGAUGGAUCCAGAAUUCGAAGCCUAUCUCAAAGAGCUGGUCGAGAGUGGCCAUCUGUUGGCCACGUCACGUCCCGUCGAUGGCCCUAUGAGCCACUCCGAUACUUCGUCGCCCACUCCUCGCCUCGCGAGCUCCUCUGCUGUUCCCAUUAUCACCCCGCCUACCGCCGCUGCAGCCGCCGCCAUUUGGCAGCCGACAGCAUGA